UGAAAUCCCCCAUCGAUCUACCAACUCCAAUCAACAAUCAAUACUGAAAGUGAACUCAAUAAACAAAUCAAAAACUCAUUUUCCAUACACCAUUCUCAUCAUCAUUUCCUCGUCAACACCACCAUCAUUUCUUUUUCUUUUUUUGAUUAGAACCACCACCAUUUCGUACAUUACAAAAUAAGCAAUUUUGUUAUCUCAAGCAAUAAAACCUUUUUUGUUUCCCACUUUUCCUCUCUAAACACUAUACAAAAAGAAAAUAAAGUUCACAAAAUGAGCGAAGUACGAUCCAAAUCCAAAAGAUCUAAACCCACUACUUCUUCUUCAAAUUUAAAUUCUUUUCAGUCCCAAACUCAAACCCUAAUUUCCACGAUGGCGCGAAAAUCUUCUCUGCUCAAACAAACCCUAGCUACCAUUCUCGUCCUUCUCGUCGUUUACGCUUUACUCAACACUUUCCUCAGUCCCGCCAAUUCUUCUUCUUCUUCUUCUUCUUCUUCUUCUUCGUUGCCGAAGUCGACGUCGAAGCUCGAAACUACCUUCCCUUUCACGUAUGCGAAUUCCGCUUCCGUCGAAAGCGGAUUUUCUCGGGAAAACGCGAACAACUUUCCCGGAAAGUCGGUACUCAAAGUCUAUCUCUACGAGCUCCCGAAAAGGUUCACUCACGGCGUGAUCGAACACCACUCCAUAGCCCGCGGACGCCGCCCCGCCGAUGACGUGGCGCUUCUCCAGUAUCCGGGCCACCAGCACAUGGCGGAGUGGUACUUGUACAAGGAUCUGACCCGACCCGAUUCCGACCGGGUCGGUUCUCCGGUGAUCAGGGUCUUGGAUCCGGACGAGGCGGAUUUAUUCUACGUGCCUUUCUUUUCUUCGUUGAGUUUAAUUGUGAACACGGCCCGACCCGCCGGGUCGAGUUCGGGUCCGGAUCAGGCUCGGGUCAUGUACAGUGACGAGGAAAACCAGGAGGCAUUGGUGGAAUGGUUGGAGGAGCAGGAGUAUUGGAAGAGGAACAAUGGGAGGGACCAUGUGAUUGUGGCUCAGGAUCCGAAUGCACUGUAUAGAGUGAUUGAUAAGAUCAAGAAUAGUGUGCUUUUGGUCUCGGAUUUUGGACGGUUGAGAUCGGACCAGGCGUCGUUAAUCAAGGAUGUGAUCGUGCCGUAUUCGCAUAGGAUCAAUACUUAUACUGGCGAUGUUGGGGUUGGGAAUCGGAAGACGCUAUUGUUCUUCAUGGGGGCUCGGUAUCGGAAAGAGGGAGGAAAAAUUCGUGAUUUGCUUUUCCAAUUACUUGAAAAUGAAGAGGAUGUCAUAGUAAGACAUGGAACACAAUCCAGAGAGAAUAGACGGGCUGCUUCCCAAGGGAUGCAUACAUCUAAGUUUUGUUUAAAUCCUGCUGGUGAUACUCCAUCAGCCUGCCGACUCUUUGAUUCUAUAGUUAGCUUGUGUGUCCCAGUGAUAAUCAGUGAUAGUAUUGAAUUGCCAUUUGAAGAUGUUAUAGACUAUAGAAAGAUUGCAAUAUUUAUAGAUUCCACCUCUGCUCUUAAACCGGGAUUUGUGGUUUCAAUGCUGAGAGGACUAACCACUCUGAGGAUUAUGGAAUAUCAGAGAGAGCUAAAAGAGGUGAAGCAUUACUUCCAAUAUGAAGAACCAAAUGGUACAGUGAAUGAAAUCUGGCACCAAGUCUCACAGAAGCUGCCCUUAAUUAAAUUGAUGAUCAAUCGGGAAAAACGUCUUGUUAAGAGGGAAUUAACUGAGCCGGACUGUUCUUGCCUCUGUACGAACCAGACAGGGAUACUCACCAGCUUAUGAAGCCACUUUAGUCGAUGAUUUUGGAGCAUAUAUGUAGAAAAAUGGCACGGUUGUCCUCCAAUAUCACCGUGGAGGAUUCUUUUGUUUCAAGGAAGGAUUUGGUGGUAAUUACCUCAUGUAUUUAGCUCAUAUACCAAAUGCUGAUAGUACCACAAUUUCCUUUCUAGGCUUUUUUUCUUCCCACUCUAUAGGGUACUAGAGUUUGCCGUUUGUUAAGGUUUUGUUACACAUUUUCUUCUUGUAGAUUUGGUGAUUGAAGAACAGAUUCAGCACUAGUAAAUUAUAUCAAUACUCGAUAAUGUAAUUCAUUUGUACAUGGUAGAGAAUAAAAAGAUCUCUAUACUCAUCGAUUCUUUUA